UGGCAGUAGCUUCACUUGCUUCAAGACACGCGGAGUAAUGCUCUAUAACACCCAGUUUAUGGCGUUAACCCGACAGCUGCUGUUAUGAAACGCAGUCGAGCCGUGUGGUGAGGUCGGAAUACAUCCUGACGGAAGCGUGCAGGUAAUGACAGAUUCCUGUGGCUUCUGUAUAGUGAGGAAAUAUUUCACCUGGGUCCAUAACUUCACUUCAUAGUCCAAAUGGAUUCCUAUCAUUUCCACUUUGAGAGGAUGAGUAACCUUGACCUACACCCUUUGAGUCUCCCAGUCAGUCGACUUUCCCCGGCCAAGUCCAGUAGUAGUAUAGACCAGUAUACCCAUCACCACAGCAAAGGCGACUCAGCCUAUAGCUCCUUCUCCGGUGGUUCCACAGUCCCUGAUUACCCUUCUCCUUUUCUACUGGAUGAACUCCAGUCACAAAACUUGCACUAUACAGAUCUGAAAUACGUGAAAGGUAAACACAGCCCAAGCUUUCAUGAAUCAGAUUCCAAGAGCAUGGACCACCUGUACCGUUCCAUAGAUACUGUUGCACCAGAGCAUCACUGGACCAGCGGUGGGUUCUCUGACACCGAAGGUCCACCAGUUCAUACGCAUCCAUUACCACCACCACCACCACCACCACCACCUCCUGCCUGUCUGAACAGUUUUGCAACAACCAGGAACCUUGAAAACUCAAGGGCACGUCAGAGUCCAGAAGGGCAACUUGCUGACCUUUCUACUUUGCAGCAGACAAGUAAUUCAGAGGUCUGUGGUGUCCAGGCUGAGCCUGUCUAUGGUUGCACAUUUAAAGAUCACCUCAAGCAAGACCCAGGGGACAAGAUGCUCAAUCCACCAAAGCCUACAGGAAUUUUAAAUAGAUCCCCACUGCAAUCCUGUCAACCAGAGCACUUGCAGCCAUCUUGGAGUAGCCAAUCCGAAACCCAGCGGAAGAGAUCGCAUUCAGCUUAUGGUGGACCUGUUUCUGAGCACCAGUACUUUGCCAGUUCCUCCAAUAUGCCACAGAACACGAUCAGUGGGAGUAUUCAGCACAAAGGACAGUUUUAUUUUGUUACUGGUGUCUUCAAGUCGCCUGAGCCCAGUGUCGUGCAAGGUGUUGGUAACGGUACGGAAACCUCUAGUGAGUGGUCUUAUAAAGCUCAGCGUAGAAGGCAGAGCUGUCCUGAUGGACCAAGUGGUAAACUGUUCUUCCAGGAGGAACACACAUUCGGCAUUCAGAAUGAACUUGUGGAGCAUCCUAAUGACAAGUUGGUUAAUUCACCUUCCAAGUCAGAGCAGACUCCUGAAGGUGCAGAGGACCAGAGGGUCAUGAGUAGAGAAGCUGGCAAGCAUCACUCCACCAGCCACCCUAUCUUCUAUUGUGGUCCAGAGGACACUUCAAUUGGUACACUAAUGACCCCUGCUUUGAUUAAGGAAGACCAUAUCAGUCAUCCCAAGAAAGAGGAACCGAUGACAAGAGUUUCAAGACGGCCCCAACUGGAUAUUCCAAGUGACAAGAUCAGCAAGGAGACUACCCCACUGUUAUAUCACCUCACAGGUGCAAACAGGGCAUCAUAUACAGACAAGUUUAAGAACAAUAAUGACUCUGGUAUAGAGGCCAAGAAUCCAGACUACGUCAAAGAUAAAAAGAAAGCAGGAAAUGAUGAGCAAACCUCUCCCAGCAGCGAAUAUCGGCAGAGUGAAAUGUCUAAAGAUAAACAAUCAAAUGGAAUCUUCUAUGCAUGCGGUACAUUAGAUGACUCCUACAAGAAGUAUUACAAAGAGAAACUGAAAGAUGCCCAAUCCAAGGUUUUGAGAGCGACCUCAUUUAAAAGGAGAGAUUUGCAGCUUUCUCUGCCCCACAGGAUCAAGCAGCUUUCUGCUGAACCUUCCGGUCCUCCGUUAAAAGACAGACUGUCCAACUUGGAGACACCUCCAGUGCCACAACUACACAAUCCUCAAGAGUACAAAAAGGACCUUGUUCAAGAGAUUGAGAAGCCAAUUGAGAAAGAACAAGAGAAGCCACAGAAUAUUGCUCAACCGCAGGUGCCUCGAGUAGGCAGUAGGAAGCGUUUAACGGCAGAUCAGAAGAAACUCUCUCGUUCUGAGCCUGAGAAGCUACACCAACUGGCAGAUGGACCCGCUCAUAUGAGCUGCCACUCUUAUGGCAAUGAAGCGGAAAAUCUUCUCUCGGAGGGUGAUGACGGUCUGGUGGCUUCUAGGCGGAAGAUGUUCGAAACACGGGGACGUGCGAUGUCUGCCUCCAACUUCUCGAAAUCAACUCUGAAGAACCUUCAGCAUAAAGCCUUGGUAGCAUACGUGGAACGCAAAACCGGUCAAAAGGUGGCUGAGCCCCAGCGCCCGGUUCCUCAGGUACCCAGCCACAGGAAUUCAACUGCGGAGAGGUCCAGAAAUAAUUCUGGCAAUUCUGACUCCAAGAACCUCCACAGGCCUCUGUCUGCAGGUCAGAUUCUUGACUCUGUGUCGAGUUCUGUUAAGUACACCCAGUUCGUCCCUGCUGAGCACUCCAGGCAGUCCAGCGGGAUAGAGGAGUCCCCUACAGCAGUGAAGUCGGCCUCUGUGGAGAGUCUCCUGGAUCAGCCUGAACAACCCAAGUUCUUUCGGACCCGAAGCACCUCGACUCCCCAUGCUUUCCAGGUUCGGAAACAUGCAGAUGAGUUCUCAGCCAUACAUAAUAAGGCAAUUUCAAGUGUUCAAAGAAAAGUAGAGGAAGAUCCAGUGGUCCAUCACAGUCGGACAGCAUCUGUCCCUGAUGAGCGGCGUGCAGUCAGAGCUUCAAGAGGCAAAUCUAUGGAAGAGCUUGGUGUAUCCAAGGUCACGAGACCUAAAGUUUUUAGCAAGAGUUCAGAGCAGCUCGACCAACUUCAGGGCAAGCGGGUCAUGCCCGGAACAGAGAGGAGAACUGCGUCAUUUCUUGCCGAAGGAAGGCGCACACAUAGGAGGAUUCAGAGCACUGGAGAACACGUGUAUAACUCUCAGGCAGGCCCUGAGAACCCACUCUUAACACAUUUUGUAAAGCAUGUAUCUUCUCGUGAUGAUGAAAUCUAUACAGCUUCACAUAGUGGACGUAAACAUAAAGACGACGCAUCUCUGUUGAUGCCCAGUCACUCCAGGCUGGAAGUCAGCAAGGAGCAGGACAUUUGUCUUCAAGAUAAGCAUGAGACAUCUCUCUCUAGUCAAGAAGUUUCUCUCGGUCAUGGAGUCACGACAGAUCCCAGUCUGUGGAUCUCAACUUCAGGAAUAAAUGAGAUUGAGGCAAACUAUUGGCCGUCUAAUGAAACGGCAACUUUUACUGAACCCCAGUAUGCAUUGCAUAACCCAUCUGAUGAGAACGAAACCAAAUCUAUCACAACACCUCCUGGCAUUCAGGAAACAGAGCCCAGCCUGGAACCUGCACUUAAUAGAGAGCAAGACGGGAGCAUACAAAAGGAAGAUGGCCCUGUUGUGACGGAAAACAAGGUGACGGAAGGGAACGGUUCAGCAGACCGACUGGAGUGGGAGGUGCUGGUUCAGGACGUGGUAUCAGCCGACCAAUCAUUAGCUCGCAUUCUUUACCCCAUAACCAAUAGGAAGACAGCACUCAUGCUAAUGGAGCAGCUGUUGUCUGAGGAUACUCUUCUAAUGGAGGAACACUACAAGAAAAAACAAGAGCUGAAGGUUAAUAACCCAGAAAACGCUGCUCACAGCACUGAGAUGCCAGUAGGUGACAAACCACUGAACCUUCCGUCAUCUGUGAACAAUGAAUCUGUUCUCUCCAACCAAAAAGAUGACCCGCACAACACAGAUAUCAUCAACAAAAAGAGACGGCUGAUAGGGCACAUAGAAGAGCACUUGAAAGGUCUAGAGGACGUUCGCUCCACCGUCCAGAGCGAUGAGAAGGUGAACGGGGAGCGGGGCGGCGCUAUCGUUGCUCUGGUACGAGAGAACUGUGUGCCGGCCGAGCUUGAGCGCUACACGCAGUUUAUUGAAGACCUGGAGCGCGUGGUCAGCCUGCUGCUCUGCCUGUCGGCCCGUCUGGCCCGCGUACAGAACGCCCUCAGCACUGCCGACGACAGCGUGGACACGGAGGAGAGACAAUCGCUGGACAACCGCUACCGUCUCCUGUGCAAACAGUGGGAGGAUGCCAAAGACUUAAAGGACAACCUGGACCGUCGGGAGCGCGUGGUCUCCACCUUCCUCUCCAAACAGCUGACGGACACACAGCUGCAGGAGUACCGGCACUUCAUUCAGACCAAGGCCUCCUUACUCAUCCGUCAAAAAGACCUUGAUGAGAAACAGCGUUUAGGAGAGGAGCAGCUCGAGUCCUUGCUCAGCAGUUUACCUCCGUGAAACUACCGCACGUGGCUUUGUAAUGCUGAAGGUGCCUUUCAAGCGCCGCCGUUUGUUUUUAGAGAGACUGCAAUUGUUUCAUUUAAUAUUUGUGCUCUAGUUGCGCUACUCUGUGAAUCGUAUUAAGAUGACUUUGGAAACCAUGGAAAGCUUUAUUUAAAAGCCCAGGAAUGGUUUAACGAGAGCUUCAUGCAGACAAAACGCACUCUUUCAGAUAUGCAUCACAGAUCACUCAAAUCAAGACCAAAAAUGGACGAAAGAAGCACUUUUGAUAAUAAACCGCACAUACUCGUUAGGAACGAUGAACUUGGAUAUUGUAAUCCAUCCCAAAUGAUUUCAGGGCUUUAUUUCAUUGGUUUUCAUCCAUGCCUUUUUGUCCUGCAAUUUCAUUUGCCGCUAUCAUGUUGUAUGUGUAUUUAAUGUUCAAGUACUUUUAUUCAGUUUUGAAGAUUCUCUUUAAAGAUGUGUCUGGUGAAACAAUUCAAGUCUGUAUUAUUUAACUGCCAUCAUUGCCAGUGUUGGGGAAAGUCAUUUUUAAAGUAAUGCAUUACAAUAUUGUGCUACUCCCUAAAAAAGUAACUAAUUGUGUUACUUUUUAUAGAAAAAGUAAUGCACUAUGACACUUUUGUGUUACUUUUUCUCAUAUGGGCCGGGCUUGCUUGUGUGUUUUUAAUAUAAAAAAGUUCUACUUUGGGCAAAUGUAAAAGUCCUUUCACACCAAAAGUGAAAUGAAUAAGCAUCAGACUGAUGGAAAUGUAAAUUCACAUCUGUACAGUAGAGGGCGCAGCUCAAACAAGCUGCCGUUCUGGAUAAAAGUUAAACACUCUUCAGCAAAAAAGAAGUAAAUGUAAAAACAAAUCAAACAUAAAUGUUUAUCUAAAGCCAUUUUUGCUUAUUAGUUUAUAGUUGAAUUGAAUCAUUGAAUGUCAGCAGCAAAGACACCGGGAAAACAAAGUAACUGGCAUUACUUAUUUGAAGAAGUAACUCAAAUAUUUUCUUGUUUAAAUUAAAUAUAAAUUUAAUAUAAAAUUAAUUACUAGUUACUUUAAAAAGCGAUAUGAUUAUGUAACUGAUGUUACUUGUAAUGCAUUACCUCCAACACUGAUCAUUGCACAUGUGAAGUUAUUGACACAAAUGUUAGCUGAACACUAUGAACUCCGAUAAAUGUGAGCAACUUGGGCAUUUUCUGAAAAUUUUCAAUGAGAUGACGCCGUAGGUCGGGAGAGGCCAUGUGUUACAGUGAUUUUACCAUGGUAAAACUGUGGUAAAAUCACUGUAAUGUUCUGCCACAAAUAGCUUACUGCUUUCAUAAAACAGCAACUGCAGCAAUAUGACAACUAGAAGAAACCAAUGUUCAGUUAUUAGUAAUAAUACAUGUGUUAUUGUUAUUAAUCAUAAUUGGAACUAGAUUUGCAUUUCCUGAUGAAAGUAACAUGCUUGCAAGGCAGCAAAAAAAGCAAAACAAAAAAACAAUACUGUUAAAAUUUUAGGUUAAAUGACUGUUAAACUAAAUAAACCACAAUUUAGAGAGAAAAGAUGAAGUGUUGAGUAAAACUGAAAUAAAAUACUGUAGCAAUCACAAUACUAAAAUACUAAAAUACAGAAAAAAUACUAAGCGGGAAACUGUAUGCACAGAUUGCAAUGAUGUCUUGUUGGUUAUAUUUUAUCGUUGUGUGGAACACAAACUGUAGUGUGUGAGCACUGAAACUUUAAUUUGAAAUCUAUUUAAAACAUUUUAACACUUUAUGAAAAGGUGAAAAUACCAAAUUAUGUCUGCAUUGGUCUAAAUUAAUUGAGAGUUCAUUUGCAAAAACAGACAACUCCAUUUUUGACUAUUUUUAAAAAUCAUGUUUUUUCAUUGUUCAUUCUGAUUAAUCUCAAUGCAACUGCAAAAAAUAAUAAUACAGCUAACUAACACAAUAAAACACUAAAAACUUGAUAACAAUAAAAAACAUGAUUUUUGAAAAAACGGUGUGAUCUGGUUUUGCAAAUAAACUUUUCAAUUGCAUAAGUUUAAUACAUUGGGAAAUAGGGUUAAAAGUUAGGACUAACCCUAACAUGAGUAUUUAAGUAAUAUCAGUGCAGUACUGCCUUGCAAGUAAAUAAUAAAUUCCUUUGUUCUGCCAAGUAAUAUAGUUCAUUAGUUGUCUGCAGUUACUGAGCAAUUACCCAGCUGACAGGGAACAUUAUCUGAACUUUGGCUAAUGUUCUGGAAAGGUUCGCUCAAAGUUAUGAACCAACAUUUGUUUAAAGUUAUCUGGUUUUUAAUAGCGUUCCCAAAAUGUUAGAACAAAUUAUUUAUGCAUCAUUCAGAAAACAUUCAAAAAUGAAUGCCUUGAUUGUGCAUUUGUUUUUUUCUUUUCUUAACGUGUUUUUAACGCAGUUGACGCAGCAUCCAUUUUUUCUGGCAUCCUUGUAGCUUUACAGUAUGAACAUGCUGUCAAGCACUAUACGAUGCAAAAGAGAAAUUAAGCAGCUGUAUGUGAUCGCAGGUAUCCAACACAUGCAUGUGCACAGAAAGCCGGUUCAGACAGAGUGCCAGUAGCACAGUGAGUUCUUUUUCCAUGGACAAACACGCACAAAAUUAUAUCAAAUGCCCAGUUUUGCCUCGUAAACAGUCCUAAAUGAGUUUAAAAAGUCAUUAAAUGACAAUAAAAAAUUGGGAGGAAACCCAUUGUGAGAUCAGGUUAUAAAGAGACAACACUGCUUUUAAAGUGAAACCUGCUGCAACUUGUCAUUGAUGGAAAUCAGAGAACAAAAGAAAAGAGAAAACACUCACUGCUCUACUUAAUGAAUAACUUAUAUAGCUUAAAUAAAGAUUAAUCAAUUUAUUUUUUAUGUGAAGGCUGUUUUAAAAAUAAAAGCUGUUAUAUUUACCAAAGCCCAGAUGUAAAAUUGAGGGGGCAAAUGCAUUUAAUGGAGACAUCAGUAGCUGUAUUGCUAUAAUACUGGCCUUCAUUAAUAAUAUGAUACUUAGUAAAAAGAUACUAUUAAACAGAUAUUUCAAAUAUAUCAUCUUUAUGUUGUUUCUGCAUAAAGUACUUGAGCAUUAACACUAACAAAACUUUCCCACAGCUUUUUUAUAACUAUGUGGAAACAUUAGCAAAAUGUUCUUAGAACAUAUUUUUGUUAGUUGGAUAUACAGAGUUGCUUUAUGAAUCCAUCACCGAUUCAGAUUAACUGCUUUGUUCGCAUUUGAAUGUUUUUUAAAAACCCAAAUGUUUUUGAACUGAUCAGGGUUGUGCUGUAUGUAUUUUGUACUUGUUUUGGAAGCAUAAUUUCUGUUGACAUGUUGACACGUUCACUUUGCAAGUACACGUCAGUGAAUGUGUUGUGCACUUUACACAUUCAGUGUUUUGACAAAAUCAUUAGACCACACAAACCAGCUUUAAAUUGCACAGGAAACUGAACUCUCAGAAACGCACUUCUUAGCUCUCACUCCACAUUUUCAUUAGCAUUUCUUGUGGAGUACAUGAACAUUUGGCUUUGCAGUUGGCUAAACAAAUUAAAGUUUGUUUUGGAUUUUGGUCCCCAAUACAUCAUGCACAGUUUUUUUCUGUCAUGUUCAUGUUGCCUGAAAAAAUCCUAAGUCACGUGAAAGACCUAGUUUUCCACAGAAACACCACCCAGAGACAACAUUAUGAGUCAGAAACUAUUAUCAGACCACCAUCAUCUGUUUCAUCUGACAUUGAGCGGUCAGAUUAUGCUUUGAUUUUACAACUGCUGAAUGUGGAUUUUGCAAUGAUAGUGAAUGAGACUGUGUGUAAAUGAGCGCUUGUGUACUACCAGUGUGCUGUGAAUGUUAGUUCAUCAGCGAGUGCCGUUUUGUCUUGCUGCCAUCUUUUGGUUUUCUGAUUAUUGUGUGUGUGCGUGCGUGUUUUAAUCUUGGCAGUUUCCAGCUUUUGCUAUGUGGAAUGCAUUAAUUCCAUAACCUUUGUUUUAUUGUGAAUAAAGUAUGUAAAUGACAUUCCCUCAC